UGUAACUGUAAGGUAGCUCAAUUCAAUAGGAAGUGGAUGAAUAGGUUCUGAUAAUUGAUCGAAGAACAAAGAAAGACAAGCCAAUCAAUUGAGGCACCUUGUCUUAAAACUGCCAAUUUCGGAUUGGUGUUGCAAUGGAUGCACAAGCAAAGAAGAAAGCGCUGUAUAGGGCGAAAUUAAAUGCGCAGAAGAAAGAGAAGCGUAUUGAUUCUCCCCUUGUUAGGUACAAUGAACAUGAUCAACCAGUAUGUAAAGUUUGUGAUGUUGUCUUGAAAUCUGAGUCUCUUUGGCCUGCUCAUCAAGCUUCUCGUAAACAUCAUGAAGCAAUUAACAAUCUCAAGGCUAGUGCUGCUGCAGUAAAUCGAGCUAAUGGUGCAAAGCCUGAUCCUUCUAAGGAUAUGGCGAGGCCAAAAACUGAACAGCGGGAUGAUUUACAUAAUCAUAAGCCUGAACCUUCCAGUGGAUUACCUAAACCUCGACCAUCCUCUGUGCUUCCUUCUGAUUUUUUUGACAAUCAUGAGGGAAAGAGGCAAAAGAAGGUGGUUGCAGAAACUCAAGCGGUGGAUCCCUUUGCCUCAAACAGUAAAUUGGAUGACUCUACUAAGAAUAGAAUUGCUGAUACAAGUGUUGACAUUCAGUUUUCCAAAGAAAAAGGCCUGACAUCCAAAAAGACUGCUGUCCCUGAAUCUAAGCAAGUCAAAGGAGCUCUUCCUGAGGGUUUUUUUGAUGACAAAGAUGCAGACCUUCGUGCACGUGGCAUUACACCUGUUAAACUGGACGUCAAGGAUGAGUACAAGGAAUUUGAAAAGUUGAUUCAGGAAGACUUGCAAGAAAUCGAUAAUCGUUUGGAAGAAGAAGAGAUUGAUGCCGCUGAAAUGAUAGAAGAGGCUGAAACUGUGGAGCAAAGGACCUAUAGAGAGAGAGUGGAGAUGUUGAGGAGGAAGAAAAUGGAGCUUAAAGCUGCUAGGUCUUCUGUGGAUGGUAAUGGUAUUCAAGAUUUGGGCAAGAAAUCUAUCAACGAGGAGUCAUCAAGUGAUGAUGACAGUGAUGAGAAUUUAACAGUCGAUUGGCGAGCAAAGCAUUUGUAAGCUCGAAAAUUUUGUUUGGAAGAUCAAAGGUUCUGAUCAUUUCACGAGUUCAUGAAGUUCGGAUAAGUGAAGAUGACCGAGUGAGAAUCAUUUCAUAUUAGAUAAGCUCCACUAUUCCCAGGCAAAAGUUUAGGUGGCUCUCUGAUCAGCUGGAAUCCAACCUUGAGAAAAUGCUAGUAGGCUAGCAUUAACAAAUUUAAAGGCCGAAAUUGCAGGUUUUCACCAAGUGCCACAAAGUUGAACUUAUGCGAGCCUUAUAGAUCAUUUAGAUGCCAUGCUGAGAGCGCAGUUGUUUUGUAACUACAGCAAUUACCUAUUGUGAGAUGGAUAUAGUUUUUGGAGCUUAGAGCUGUGAUUGGUUGGAAAUGCAGAUAUUGUAAUUGGAAUUCUGUAUGAAGCUGGAAUGAUGCGAAGAUAUCUUUGCAAAGUGCUUAUUGACUAUAGGUAUUAAAUCGCCCAGUUUACUCGUUUCAUCGAAACGAGGAAAAACUAAACUGCAACUUGCAUAGUGGACCUUUAUCUAUACCACUCAUGUUCCAUGAA